CUUUUCUUCUAGAGAGACAGAAAACAAGAAAGCAGAUCAACGUCGUAGGUGCUGACAAUCACAAACCAAAUAAGAAAAAUUAAGUGAAACUAACAAAGAGAGAGAAAAAUAAUACAAGUUUUGAGAUUCGUAAACUGUUGAUGAAAUUUUACCUCCAAAAAGACACAAAUUUCCCUCAAGUCAGCUCUCUCUGUCUUCAUUUGUAAAAAGAAGAAUAGAAAAAAAAAAAUAAAGGAAAAAAAAGCCUCACCCAAUUCCUUACUUACUUGCCUCUCCAAUUAUAUAUCGUAAAGUACACAGCUUUCCCCUCUGCUCUGCUCAACAGCCACUCUUUUUAAUCUUUUCCUCUCUUUUGGGUUCCUGAUAUGGACAGUGUAUGGAAAUCUUUUUGCCCUUUUUUUUUUCCAAACCCAGAUUUGACAUUGUUUCUCUAAACAGAUAACCCAGAAAAGAAGGCGUUUCUGACACUGUUCCCUCUUUACUUACUUUACUUACUUCAUUUGUAAGUCAUGAUCUCCACUGGAGUUGCUACUGGGAAACUGGGAAAUCAUUUCUUUAUUUGCUUCUUUCUUCCUUUUAAAGGUUCUUUUUCUUCUUCUUCUACUCUUGUCUUUGGGAUCUGAGAUCGUCUUGGCUUAUGGGUUUCCCAUGUUUCUUCUUUUUGGAAUACCUCUCUGUUUCUUGGCUUUCUGGUGUUGCUGCCUGCUGAAGGGUCUUUUUCUUCAUUUAUCUUCUCCCUGAUACAUAAAAACAAAAGACUUUCAGUUUGAAGUUCAAUUCUGGGUUCAUUUGUUUUUGUUUAUUGGGAAAGGGUUUGGUAUCUAAUAGGGAUCGGUGAUUCCAGCUUUAUUUCAAUUCUACCUUUUCUCUUUUUGCUUCUUUUGCAAGUUGCCCAACUUGGGAUUCUCCUCCUUCUCAUAUAUUGGAGUUUGCAAGAUUUCUUUAUUUGGAUUCCUCUCAUUUCUGAAAAGCUGAGUAUGACCAGAUGGCGUUUUGACUGAGUUUACAGUGGCUCUGCUUUUUUAUUUCAACAUGAGAUCUCUACUGGUCUCAGAGGUGAUGAUGCUUAAUCUUGUCAAACCGUCUUUCCUCAAAUGGAUAUUGUUGAGUUGCUUGCUUUCUUUCUCUCUGGGUUUGAAACAGUCUAAUCAAGUCUGUGAUUCAAAAGAUUUACUGGCAUUGAGAGGCUUUGUGAGUAGCCUUGCAAAUAGUUCUGUUCUCUCUGUAUGGUUAAAUGAAUCCAACUGCUGCAAUUGGGAUGGUGUGGAUUGUGGAUAUGAUGGCAACAGCUCGCUCACUAACAGAGUUACCAGGUUAGAACUGCCUAAUAUGAAUCUGAAAGGGAAGAUUUCACAAUCACUUGGUGGCUUAGAUCAGUUAAUUUGGCUGAAUCUAUCAUACAAUCAGCUUGAAGGUGUAUUGCCAACGGAAUUCUCAAGCUUGAAGCAACUCCGGGUUUUGGAUUUGAGUUACAAUAAACUGUCAGGAUCAGUCAUCAAUGCAACUUCAGGAUUGAAAUCUGUUCAUGUUCUGAAUAUUUCCAGCAAUUCAUUCAUUGGGGAUUUUCCCCAGCUUGUAGGAUUUCAAAAUCUUGUUGCCUUCAACAUAAGUAACAAUUCUUUCACAGGCCAGUUUUCUUCACAGAUUUGCAAUUCCUCCAACAUGAUUCAGGUUGUUGAUAUUUCUCUGAACCGAAUAUCCGGCAAUCUUCAAGGUGUGGACAACUGCAGCAAAUCUCUCAAACAUUUCCGCGCAGAUAGUAACUUACUCACCGGCCAUCUGCCAGAUUCGUUGUAUUCAUUAUCAUCCAUGGAGUAUUUUUCAAUCCCUGGGAACAGCUUCUUUGGCCAAUUAAGCAUGGAACUGAGUAAGCUUUCUAGGCUUAAAUCCUUUAUAGUAUUUGGAAACAAGUUUUCUGGUGAACUUCCAAAUGUGUUCGGUAAUUUUUCAGAAUUACAGGAGUUAGUUGCACAUUCCAACUUGUUCUCUGGAUUAUUGCCUUCAUCUGUGUCCUUGUGCUCAAAGCUCAGAGUGUUUGAUCUUAGAAAUAAUUCUUUAACUGGUACUAUAGAUCUCAAUUUUUCUAGGCUACCGAAUCUCCAAAUGCUUGAUCUAGCCUCGAAUCACUUUUCUGGGCCCCUACCAAAUUCUCUAUCUGAUUGCCAUGAACUGAAAACUCUUAGCCUUGCCAAAAACAAGUUAAGUGGUCAAAUUCCUCGAGAUUAUGCAAAGCUUUCCUCUCUAUCCUUUCUAUCUUUGUCGAACAACAGUAUUAUAGACCUGAGUGGUGCAUUAUCUAUUUUACAAAAUUGCAAAAAUCUGACUGUCCUUAUUCUUACAAAGAACUUUCGUAAUGAGGAAAUUCCACAGAGUGAAACUGUUUUCAACAACUUGAUGCUUUUGGCAUUUGGUAACUGUGGUCUGAGAGGACCAAUUCCAGGUUGGUUAGUAGGUUGCCAGAAAUUAAGUAUCCUCGACUUGUCUUGGAAUCACUUAAAUGGAAGUAUCCCUGCUUGGAUUGGUCAGCUGGAGAAUUUGUUUUAUUUGGAUUUAUCCAAUAAUUCUCUGACAGGAGAAAUCCCAAAAAGCUUGACACAGAUGAAAGCACUAAUUUCCAAAAAUGGCAGCUUGUCGGGUUCGACAUCAUCUGCUGGAAUUCCCCUUUUUGUCAAACGAAACCAAAGCGCCACUGGUUUGCAAUACAACCAAGCGUCAAGCUUUCCACCAUCGAUUUACUUGAGCUACAACAGAAUUAAUGGAACUAUUUUUCCUGAAAUUGGCAGAUUAAAAUGGCUGCACGUCUUGGAUUUGAGUAGGAAUAAUAUUACUGGCUCCAUCCCGAGCACCAUAUCAGAGAUGGAGAACUUGGAAACAUUAGAUUUGUCAAAUAAUGAUCUUUAUGGACAAAUUCCAGCAUCACUGAACAAGCUCACAUUCUUGUCAAAGUUUAGUGUGGCAAAUAAUCACUUGGAGGGACCAAUUCCUAAUGGGGGGCAAUUCCUAAGCUUUCCCAGCUCCAGCUUUGAUGGUAAUACAGGACUUUGUGGGGAAAUUGACAACCCUUGUCAUUCUGUUGAUGGGUUAGAAACAAAACCCGAAACCAACAAUUACUCAAAGAGAAAAGUUAAUAGAAGCAUCAUUCUUUGCCUUACAGUCGGUGCAGCUGCAGCAAUUCUCCUGCUCCUCACAGUGGUUCUACUCAAAAUGUCCAAGAAAGAUGUUGGAGACCGACGAAAUAACAGGUUUGAUGAGGAAUUUGACAGGCCUGACAGGCUAUCUGGAGCUCUUGGAUCGUCAAAGUUGGUGCUCUUUCAGAAUUCAGAAUGCAAGGAUCUUACAGUUGCAGAGUUGUUAAAAGCUACUUGCAAUUUCAACCAAGCAAACAUAAUCGGCUGUGGUGGAUUUGGCCUGGUUUACAAGGCCAGCCUUCCCAAUGGUUCAAAAGCUGCGGUCAAGAGGCUUACAGGAGAUUGUGGUCAGAUGGAACGGGAAUUCCAAGCUGAAGUAGAAGCUCUUUCUCGAGCGCAGCAUAAGAACCUUGUUUCUCUUCAAGGAUACUGCAAACAUGGAAAUGACAGGCUAUUAAUUUACUCCUACAUGGAAAAUGGAAGUUUGGACUAUUGGCUUCAUGAGGUUGUUGAUGAUGAUUCAACACUAAAAUGGGAAGCAAGACUCAAAAUCGCUCAGGGUGCUGCUCAUGGAUUGGCUUACUUGCAUAAGGAAUGUCAGCCCAACAUAAUUCACCGAGAUGUAAAAUCGAGCAACAUACUUCUAGACGACAGAUUUGAAGCUCAUUUAGCUGAUUUUGGUCUUUCAAGAUUACUCCGGCCGUAUGACACUCAUGUUACCACGGACUUGGUUGGGACUUUGGGUUAUAUUCCUCCUGAAUACAGCCAGACAUUAACUGCAACUUGCAGGGGUGAUGUUUACAGUUUUGGCGUUGUUCUUCUUGAGCUUCUUACUGGUCGGAGGCCUGUAGAGGUAUGCAAAGGUAAAGCCUGCAGGGAUCUGGUGUCUUGGGUGAUUCAGAAGAAAUCAGAAAAGAGAGAAGAGGAGAUUAUUGAUCCUGCAAUUUGGGAUACAAAUAGCAAAAAACAGAUUUUAGAGGUUCUUGGUAUUACUUGUAAAUGCAUAGACCAAGAUCCAAGGAAGAGACCUUCGAUUGAAGAAGUUUCUUCAUGGCUAGAUGGUGUCACGUUGUAGGUUUUUCAACACUAAAUGUUUGGCUUGCAUUUCAUCCUCAUAUUGGCUUGCAUUUCAUCCUCAUAUCAAAACUGGAUUAUGUAUAGCAAAACCAUUGAAGUCUAUGAAGCACAACGAAUCACCAUCAAA